CAGAGCGGGGCGCUUGGCGGCUCGCCGCCCGGAGGGAAGGAGGGCGGGCGGCCGGCCGGGACAAAAGCGAGGCUCACGCCGCGGCGCUCCUCUCUUCUGCUCCUCGGCUGUCCCCUGGCGCAGAUACUACCGUUUUAGCAAACACUUAACUACCUCUAUGAAAAAGACUCAUUUUAUCAGAAGCACUUAUCUAUGCGGACUUUCUGGGAUGGCUCUCCUCAGAAUGCUAAGACGUUUUAUAAAGAAACCGUUUUCCCAGUGGAAGCUUUGGAAGUUUACUGUCAUUAUUUUUAUCUUUUUAAUUUUUUUGCUUUUGUUGCAAAGAGAAGUAGGUAUUCAGGAUUUUCAUGACGAGCCAGGAAUCCAGACAAAAGAUGGAAAAAGAGCUAACGUGCUAGGUCUAGUGCUCAACGCUAUGAACAAUAUUAAAGGUGCAAAGCCAAAAAUGCAAAUUAAAGCACCUGUUAGACAAACUCAGGUUCCUGGGGAGAGACGCUGUUUACCAGGAUCUUAUACAGCAGCUGAACUGAAACCUUUCCUGGAUCGACCCCCUCAAGAUCCUAAUGCACCUGGAGCUUCUGGGAAAGCAUUUAAACCUGUCAGUUUGAGUCCGGAAGAACAGAAGGAGAAAGAGCGCGGAGAUGACAAACAUUGUUUUAAUGCUUUUGCAAGUGACAGGAUUUCUUUACACAGGGAUCUUGGACCAGACACACGCCCUCCUGAGUGUAUUGAACAAAAAUUUAAACGCUGUCCACCACUGCCAACUACAAGUGUUAUCAUAGUUUUUCACAAUGAAGCUUGGUCUACUCUACUAAGAACAGUUCAUAGUGUGAUGUAUUCUUCCCCUGCAAUAUUACUGAAAGAAAUAAUUUUGGUGGAUGAUGCCAGUGAUGAUGAUUACUUGCAUGAUAAACUGGAUGAAUAUGUGAAACAAUUCCAGAUAGUUAAAAUUGUUCGACAAAAGACGAGAAAAGGUCUCAUUACCGCUCGAUUGUUAGGAGCUUCAGUAGCAACUGGAGAAACUCUCACUUUUUUGGACGCACAUUGUGAAUGUUUUUAUGGCUGGCUAGAACCCUUGUUGGCAAGAAUAGCUGAAAAUUACACUUGUGUUGUAAGUCCAGAUAUUUCUGCUAUAGAUGUCAAUACUUUUGAAUUUAGCAAGCCUUCUCCUUAUGGUCAUAACCAUAACAGAGGAAAUUUUGACUGGAGUUUGUCCUUUGGAUGGGAAUCUCUACCUGAACACGAAAACAAAAGAAGAAAAGAUGAAACCUAUCCUAUUAAAACUCCUACUUUUGCAGGAGGCCUCUUCUCCAUAUCGAAAGACUACUUUGAAUACAUUGGAAAAUAUGAUGAAGAAAUGGAAAUAUGGGGAGGAGAAAACAUAGAAAUGUCUUUCAGAGUAUGGCAGUGUGGAGGUCAGUUGGAAAUCGUACCUUGCUCUGUGGUUGGCCAUGUGUUUCGUAGCAAGAGCCCCCACACCUUUCCCAAAGGGACUCAAGUGAUCACACGUAAUCAAGUUCGCCUUGCAGAAGUCUGGAUGGAUGAAUUUAAAGACAUAUUUUACCGAAGGAACAGAGAAGCAGCAAAAAUUGUUAAACAAAAAACUUUUGGUGACCUCUCAAAAAGACUGGAGUUAAGGCAACGGUUACAGUGUAAAAACUUUACCUGGUAUCUCAGCAAUGUAUAUCCAGAGGUGUAUGUCCCAGAUUUGAAUCCUCCAUUAUCUGGAUUUUUAAGAAACAUUGGAAGAAGAUCAUGUCUCGACGCUGGAGAAAACAAUAAUGGCGGCAAACCAUUAAUUAUGUAUACUUGUCAUGGACUCGGAGGAAACCAGUACUUUGAAUACACUGCACGCCAAGAAAUUAGACACAACAUCCAGAAGGAGCUGUGCCUACAUGCUUCUCGAGGAGCGGUUCAACUUUAUGAGUGUGGCUACAAAGGAAAGAAGAGCAGAACCCCUCUAGAAGAGAAUUGGGUGAUCCGAAAGGACCAGCUGUUAUACAACAGAGCCCUAAAGAUGUGCCUGACAGCAAACGACGAACAUCCAAGCAUGGUGUCAUGUAAUCCCUCUGACCCCUUCCAAAAAUGGAUUUUUGGUCAAAACAAUUAAGUCCUGCUACUGGUAAUUAGGAGAUGGUUUAUAAAGGGGAAUACAGACGUGUGUCCAGCUUCCUGUGGACUUCCUGGAUCCUGGCUUUUCCACUUCACACUUCUUUCUGCAUCCUACCAAGGCCUCUACAGUUUUGUUCCUCGGAGUCAACAGACCCCUGAGAAAUGGCAUAAGGGCAAAGUGUGAGUAUGCAGUGAGAAGGGGGAAUCAACAGAAAUCGUCACCCCUCAGAGGAACUUUGUAGUUGGAUACAUGCCUCUAGCAUCUCCUCUGAAAUUAUAAAUGUUCAAACUUAAAAUUAGUCAGCACCACCUAAUUGUAAUAUACUGGGAAAGCCUUCCUUCUUUAAUAGUAAAGUGCACAAUUAGCAAUAAUUCCAAAGAAUACUUCAGUUUCUUGACUGUUUAAAAAUGUUUACAAAAUAUUGGAAAUUGGAUUUCCAGUAUUAAUUUUUAUACAACCAUUGUCUUUAAGAUGUAAUUCCCUGUGAUUUGGGGAUAGUUUACAAGUUUUUAUGUAUAUAUGCUUAAGACUUUGGAGAUGUUUAUUAAUGAAGGUUAGAAAACACACUUUUUUUCUGAGAGCAGCUAAAAAACAGAGUGCCUUAUUGGUGUUCUUCGUAACUUAAACUGUGACUUGACUUUCCUAAAAGGCCAGGUCAGGCCGUGCUGUAGGCAUUGACCUAGGCUGCCUAAUGUUUAACAUGUCUAAGAGAAGUCUAUGAAACGCAUCAAAUCUUGUGAAAAUACAAAGUUUUAUAAUCACUCUUGAAUUAAAAAUAUAUUUUUGGUAUUUAGCUCCUUGUUCAUCUUCCAUUCCAUUGGCCUUGAUGUAUCAAUUCUAUAUUAUUUGGUCUUGAUAUGCCACCAUUUUGUUGUUCAGUGUGCUUUUGUUCAUGUUGAGCCUGCUUAACAUUUCUGAAUCUGCUUGAAAAAAACAGUUCUGUGUUACUGCUGUGUACACCUGGCAUUACAUUACUGGCUCAUAUGCCAUCCCUGGAGACCCAUCUUUUGAUUAAUAGAUAAAUUCCAAGUUUCUGUUUUUUGGAAUCAUCCUCACAGUUCUGUUUUCUUCAUUUAACUAUUCAAAAGCUGGACAAAGGAGCUAUUGCAAAAUAUUACAAGAGACUUCAAUCAGAAAAGUGGUCCAUCUUUUUUGUUUGAUUUAACAUCCUUGGCAUAAAACAAUGAUUCCUUUUCAUAUUCAAAAUGUAUAAAAUGGCUUGUUUACAUAUUCUGUAAUUAAACACUAACUCAGUUUCAAGUUUUGAUUCUUUGUUCUUUUUACCUCAUCUUGAAAAUUGCAAGCAACUUGUUUAAUACUAAAAAAAAUAAGAUCUGCUGUUUACUGGUGGUAGGGUUCAUGUCAAAAAGCGUACUGAAAAUCAAAAGAGAGAAUACUCCCGAACCUUAUGAAAGUAGCUUGGGUGUGCUUUUAUGGGGUGUUUUUUACCUGAGCAUACUGCAGAUGUGUACUUGCGACACAUCCAGAGGUUUUUAUGUGGUGUUCUGUGUGCACAUGAGGUUUGAAAUAAACUGUGCUCCAUCAGUGGCUGCCAGCUUCACAGCUUGCUAUGAGGCACAAGCUGUUUCAUACAGAGUUGUUUUAAAAAACUAGUUGUCAGUGCCACCCUCAUGUGCACAUGGAAGAGUAUUUUGUGUGCACAUGGAUGCCCCUGGCCCCAAGUCAAAAAUUUGUUUAUAACACUUGUAAUCUGAGAUGGUAAUGAAGCAGCUUCCCAUAUUUCAGAGUCUGUGUGUUUGUGGGUUUUUUGUCAAGGAUAUUACAGGUACUUAAAGUACUAUGUAUGCAGCAUGAAAACCUUACUGUUUAGGCAUAACAUGCAAAAACAAAGUUUUGAAUUACUACAGCUGUUCCAGGAGUGCCAUUAUUCUUAUUUUAAAACCUUUUCUUUGGUUUUGUUCUAUUUAUGAUUGUUUUUCUCCCUUCUGUGUCUAUCUGGGAUUUAAGCCACAAUGUUAACUGCUAUUUUUCUUCUCCUCACAUUUGAAUGCCCAAAAAUUUCAACCAAACUAUAAACUGAAGCUACAAUUAUCUUUUCAUGACAUUUCAAUGUUACAUUUUUAUCUUCUGCACAGGAUGCAUUCCCCCCCAACAAAAAAACUAGUUUUGUAUGGAUUCAACAUGACACUUUUAACUGCUGUUGUUCCAGAUUAGACUCUUAAUUUUUGUACUCCUGUGG